AUGGUAGGUGUACCAAAACCAAAUCCAGAUUUUCCAAUUUUUUCAGAGAGAAGAUCUGUUUUCUUUAUCGAUUGGAUGAAUGUGUAUCCGCAAGAUAAGAAUGUACAAUUAACUGUUUUACAUCAUAUUUAUAUCACUCCGAAUUGGAAUAUUCGUAAGGAUGGCUUUGAUGUGUUUCAAUAUGACCGUGUCACUGUGAAGGAGAAUACUACUACCUUCAAGUGUGUGAUGUCGUAUGACUCUGGUGUCUAUUCGUUCAUUCAACAGGAUGCACUGAACACCGGCUACAAUGUGCAGAGCAGGCUGUUCAACCUGACGGUGGGCGGCGCCGAAGACUCUGAGACGCUGAGGCUGGUCGACGGCGACGGAGCGCGACUAGUCAUCAGCGGCCAGGCAUUCCAGACACAGCCAACCGUGGAAUGGGGCAUCAUAGAGCAAGACGACGAAGCAGUAUCGAGCGGGCGCAUCGAGCCGUUUAUAGCGCGAGCACCCACCACCAGCCUGCAUCACUAUAUCACCUUUGAUAAGAUAGAGAUCAACAGCAAGCGACGAACUACCACCUUCAAAGGCUUGGCGAUCACAGGCGAGCCCGGUGAAUAUCAAAUUGGAUUUGUCGACGCCGACACCUGUGAGAUUGUGUUGGUGAGCGAACCGAUACGCGUCGUGUCAAUGUGGUACGGUAUCAUUACUAUGUGUUCAAUGUCGACGCUCGUCUCACUGUUUGUAUUCGUGUUGGGACUGACAAUCCGAUUGAUAACGGCAUCGCGCAGAACCAACACAAAACUGAGCAACUUUUUCAAAUCUUUCAACAUCUCCAUUCUCAUCAACAACAUCGAUACAGUUUUGGAAGGACGUGGAACCGAAUCACUUCAAAACUAUUUCAAGUUUCUAAGAUUAUCGAUCAUACAAUCAGUGGUAUUAGCAUUACUUGGAUUGGUUCUAUUAAUUCCAAUUAGUUUAGCAGGUGAUAAUUCUCUAUUUGAUAUUUAUUUAUUAACACAAGCUAAUUGGCAAUUUGAUUCAUCAAGAUUAUUUGUUUAUCAGGUUGCAUUUCUAUUAGUAUUUAUUUCAAUUAUUAUAUUAUAUUCAAGAUUCAAUGGUGAAAGAGUUUAUAGUCAACAUGAUUCCAAUCAUUUGGUAACUUCCAGAACUGUAUUGCUGAAGGGUUUACCUAAAUCAUUGGUAGAUUGUACUAUUUUAAAUGAAUACCUACAAACUUCAUAUUCAAAGGGAAUAUUUUCACUUUCAAUUAUAUUGGAAAAAGAAUAUGAAAGAUAUGCAAAGAUUUUAGAUUUAGAUGGACUAUCGGAAACUAUCAUUCAGAUCGAUGGCGAUAAAAUAGAUGCACCACUGAGGUCUACAGGACAGGCAUUCGUAACAUUCAGUUGUGUAUCGGAUGCACAUCAAUUUCAAACACAAUACUCACCGCACAAAUGGAGUUGGGCAAAGGCAAUGGCACCUACACCACCAGCCAAAUACGAAGUCGAACUGCAAAUCAAACAGUGGAAAGCAUAUUCAGUACCAAGAGUAUCGGAUAUCAUGUGGACAAAACUACACAGUCCAUCGAAUCAACAUAGUACAUCGUUUACUUUAUUCCUACUGGCUCUAUCGUUUUUACUAUCAAUGUCAUUUUCAUUUCUAGCUGCUUUUAUACAUGAUUCUCAAUUUGGUAGAUUGAGUCCAAAUAUAAUUAAUAUUCAAACAGAUCCAAUUGGAAUUACAUCAUCUAGCUUCUUUAUAUAUACUUUUAUUCCAUGUAAUAUGUUGUUGUUUUUGAAUAGAGUGUUACCAUGUGUGGUCAAAGGUAUCUUUGAGAAAUCCAAUUCUUUCGUUAGAAGUUCAUUGAAGAGUAAGAUUAUGCUGACUACAUUCUAUGUACAGACUCUAUCGAUCGUUGGCGUGCCUACCAUCUACUACUCUAUCAUGACAGCCUAUCCUUUCUUUACAACAAGAAAUGAAUUCUUUUAUCCUUCAAAUUUCUUUAGAACAGGAGGAAUGUUUUAUACACUAUUUAUUAUAUACUAUGCUAUUGUAACACCAUUUUUAGAUUCAUCAAGAAUCUAUUCAUCGAUAGCAAAUUUGAUCAAAUUCAGUAAGAAAAAGGAUCAAGCUUUAAUUAAUGAAAGAUUCUUGGAUAUUUCAACUCAAUAUAUUAAUAUUUUAUUAUUGAUGUUAAUGGUAUCGAUUUACGCUCCUAUAUUCCCAUUAUUAUUUUUAAUGACUUUAAUCUACUUGAUAAAGAAAUACUUUUUCGAUAAAUAUACAAUAAUAACAUCAAAGAUAAAGAGUCCACCUUCCGAUCGAUUGUUGGUGGAACCACUUCAACAUUGUAUUUGGUUUGUUUUGACUAGUGCCUGUCUGUUCCACCUGUUCUAUGUGUUUAUCAUCGAUAGAAGCGAUCUACUGUUUAUCUAUGGAUUCUUGUUCAUCAUUGGCUUGGGAAGAUACAUCCCGUCUUGCUCGAGAAGCUUGUGCUAUGGUGUAUGCGAUGGUGCAGUUCUACCUUGCGUGGAUUCCGAUAUUAAGCUAUUCAAACUGUUUGAGGAAGGCGAUGACAGUGACGAUGAAACAAGGGGCAACGUUAAUAAUACCAAUGAAAAGUAUUCAAUGGCCACUCGUGACGACGACGGUGUUGUGGCAAUCGAGAUGAAAGACUAUGACAACGACGAAGACGAAGACGACAACGAAAAUGGACACGGCAACAGAAAACUCAUGAACUCACAGAUGACUUUGAAUAUCAAACAAAACUAUGCAGUGGAGGGUGGACAAAGAGGAUUCUUCUCUGCACUAUUCAGUAAUAGAUAUCAACUUCCUUCACCAAAGGCAAUCACUAUUAACCAAUAUACUUCACCACUUUACAUUACCGAGCUUUCACAUUAUACCAGUUUAAUAUAA